AUGGUCUUCCGGAUAGGCCGCCUCGGGCCGCGAAAACUGCUCGUGCUCACAUCCGCGGGCUUCCUGUUUGUUACAUUCAUCUUCCUCCUAACACCUAUUAUAUCACCGCUCCCACCAUAUACUGGUCCCUACGAGGUGGGAAUAUUGGAUAUCGAGACCCCAGUUGAGAAAAGAGUCAUUCAUGAUGCGAUCCUCAAGGCUACGGGCGACAAGGCCUUUGAACUGGAUACGCUAGCCAUCACCUUAUACUACCCUUCUUCAUUGCCUCGAGCGCCACCUUCUCAGCGACCCUGGGCUCGGCCUUGGCUUCCGCAGCCUGUAGGACUUAUUGGCGAGGGCUACGCGCGGCUUGCGGGGGUUCCCAGGCUUUCUUCAGUUUUCACAUCUGCACUAUGGCUGUUUGGAUCUAGUACGGUCAUCCCGGGUGUAGUUGAUGCACCCAUCUUGUCAAGUGCCCAGUAUCUUGAUGCUUUGCCUUGUAUGGUAUUCACGCACGGCAUGGCCGGUAUGAGCCAGAGUUAUGCGCACUACCUUGGCAGUAUCGCAAGUCACGGAUACGUUGUUGCUGCUGUUGAACACCGCGAUGGCAGCGGUCCCGGCACAAUCAUCCAUCAUCCCGAUGGAAAAGAAGAAAAAGUAUGGCACAUGAAACUCGAGGACCUAGAAGCCAACCCACCCAUGACUGAGCUUGAUCUCAAAGCCGCCCAACUCAACUACCGCGAGGCAGAAAUCAGCGAGACAAUCAAGCUCUUCGCAAAACUCAACGCAGGCGAAGCCCCAGUCGUAAACCUCAAACCCGACUCCCCCCGUAACGCCCUCCCAGGCUUCAAAAACCGACUAAACCUCUCCGCCGUCACAGUCGGCGGUCACUCGUACGGCGCAACAGGCGCCAUGCAAGCCCUCAAAUCCGCAGGCACAAAAGCCAUGCCCAUCAACGGCGGCAUCGCCCUCGACCCAGGCAAAGGCUCCGGCCCCCUCAACAAAGACAUCGACGUGCCCCUCCUCGUCAUGCAAAGCGGCGAGUGGACCGAACAGCAAACUCACUUUUACGAUCAAGGCUGGCACUUUAACGUAGUCAAGAAUAUUGUCGAUAGCGUCAAGCAAGGUUGGUUCAUGACGUUAAGCGGCACUGCACAUCCCUCUUGCACCGAUGCCCCGCUCAUUGUGCCGCUGAUUAUGAAGCUGGUAUCUGGGACUACGCUUGAUAGUAGGACGGCGCUGCACGAGUAUAUCGAUGCUUCUGUGGCUUUUCUCGAGUACUUGCGUACGGGUAAGAAGGCGGGAGUGCUGGAGAGUGCGGUGACGAAUGCGAAGGGCCCGUUUUUGGAGGAUGCGACGAGGGAGACGGUUAAGGGGCCGCAUGGGGCAAAGUGGGAAGUGCAUGUUGUGCCUGACGAGGAGUAG